AAUAAUCAGCUGUUAAUUGCAACGAAAGUGAUUACGUUAAAUUUUACUUUAAAAUGUAUAAUUUAUAUCAUAAAAAAAUUGCGUACUUCCAAUUACCAAUUCUUAAUAGCUAUCGGAUAUAAUUCAUUGUACAAUAUUAAAAAAGGGUUUGUAGUAAUGGCGCGACAUUCCUUGUCAUCUGUCAGGUUCACUCAUCCAUUGUGCAGAAAAAAUGUGACUCGUUCAAUUUAUAACUCUUGUUUUUAUCUAAUAAGUUGUAGUUGAACAUUAAGUACAAAAUUUAAAUGUUUCCCAUGUGUAACCAAACUUGUACUUCAAUAGUUUUACAGUAAGAAAACCGUGCUCUAAAAGCAGCUUGCCAGGCCUAAUAACAAAUUUCAAUACAAAGAGUGUACGCGGCUUCACUGCUCGGACUUGGUGUUUUUCUUAUUUGGUGACAGUUAACUGUUAAUUUGUAAUAGAAAAAGUGAUAAGUGCAGUGCUCGUAUUAAUUUCGUGAAAGAUGUCGGGGCGAGUACGAAAGCAAACGGAUUGUUCUGUGGGUAAGCAGGGCCCGAUGCGGGCAACGCUGCCUGUGUCUUCGGUAAUGAAGCAGAGCGGUGGUUUCAAGAAGAAUACCAGCAACAGUCCGACUAUGUCUCCCACGAAUAUGUGGCGUAGGAUAUCACCAGAUCACGCCCUCUCAGGUCAAAGGAGUCCUGGUGCUAUAAAUUACAAAGGCAAAGGUCGUUUUGGAUCCAGUGUAAUUCGACGGACAGCCUCCCUAGACACGCUUUAUCAUAAAGGGCAGUGGCCAAGGGAUUAUUACCUACAUGCAGGACAGCUACAAGUAGACAAAUCAACACAAACUGAUGAUGGUGGUGGAACAUCAGGACGUUCAUCCCGAGGAUCCGAUGAUGACAAAUUAGAUAGAUUUCUCCGAAGUCGUCUUCAGCGUCCAUACAAACCAUCAGCCUCAGGGGACUAUUCUGUACAUACAAUGACUACAGCCUUAUGGUCGCGCUUCGGUAGUGGCAAUGUACCGCUUAGGGCAGCUCGUUCAUCGGUCGAAGGCCUAAAUCAAGAAAUAGAAAGACUUGUGCUGUAUCCAGCGAGUGGCACGCAAACCACACAUUUGGAUCGAUUACGGGAUAAAGUAACACCAGAAGGGCAUAGGGCUCCCUUAGCUGAAUUACUUCGUCGUUCUGUGAACACUCAAACCCCACACGACCUGAGCCAUACUGCACAUUCUUCAGGCGGCAGCGUUUGUUCAUCUCCCGAUCUCGAUGGAUCUAAGCUUGGUACUUCCCCCCAGAUAAACCGCUUCUUAGCAAGGGAACCCCCUGACGGCUGUGAAAAGGUGAAUCUGAAAGCCGGCGAAGGUGCGUACACAGAAGCGAUGUCUGUGAUAAAGCCAGCCGUGGCUGGGUUCACGUUACGGCCGUCGCAGGGCUCCGCCUUCCAGCCGCUCCAGCCGGCGCCGCACCAUUACCCGCACACGCACUGACUCGCCCAGCUCUCUCCGACCGCCUCCAUGUUCCGUCUACACGCUCCAAAUUGUCCAGUUUUAACUAAAGAAAAAUACGAAACUCGCCGCAUUAGCACCACGGUACAAAAAAAUCUACUAUAAUCUGUAAGUGCUAGUGGUUUUAAUUUCUCCCAAUACUUAGUGAAACCGCUAAAAUGGCAACAUUAGUUAAAUAUUAUCUAUGAAUAAUAUUUGGUUUGAGCGAGCUUACUGGUACUGUGUGGCUACUGUUCUGUAUCUAGUAUUUCUUAGUUAAAACUGCAAGACUGGGUAUAAGAUCAUCAUACGAAUUUUGACUCAACUUUGUAAAUCUGGUUCUUACUAUAUUUCAUGGCCUCGUUCAAAUCGCGAGGUUGCUUUCCUAUGGCAUACACAAUACAAAUUACACAAUGUGCUAUUUGAAAACUUGUUAACAUAAAAAAUUAAUUCAAAGAACCGUUCAACGCAAUUGUGGUGCAAAAUUUUAUUUUAGUAUUAAAUCUCUGAAUUGUUGCUCUCUACAAGAGACAGUACGACAUUAUUAUCACAAUGUAACCAAAUAUAUAUUAUGUAUUGUGAAUGCCAUUUCACUAAAAAUUAGUAAUCUGACAUAAAAAAAAUGGAUGGCUGUCACAUCUUAAAUUAAUUCUUAUUUUUAAUUUUGUGUUAAGUAACCAUGCCGAUUAGAUUUUUACGUUUUAUUUUCAAAUGAAUUCUAGUAUUAGGAUGAAAAUAAAGAGACUUGCUUUCGUGGACGUUUGAACAUAGUUCAAUCUGAGUUGUAAAAAUAUCUGUAGUCAGUACUGUACAUACUGAACUUGUAUCACACCGCACACAAGAGCGGAGUUUCUUAUUUUAAAAACACUAAAUGGAAUGUUUAAAAUGCGAUUUAAAUUUAUAAACAUUAAUCUAUAAUGACAAUAAUGACUUAAUCUGUGUAAUAAGUUACGUGUCUAAAUCUGAGUAUCUAUUGAUUGCCCGAUACAGUAAAUAUCACAUUAAUGCAAACCUUUCACAAAAAGUAUUGUCUGAAAGAAAAACAACCAAAGGAUUUUAUCACAAUUUUAAUGAAUUAGUUUCCAUUAUUUUUUGUCGAUCGCGGUCUUGUUACACAAAUGAAGAAUUUGUAUUAAGUAGGGAAAUUUAGGGACAGGUACUAAUUUUUGUUAGUAAAUGUUGUGUUGUUUUUUGUAUGAAUUGUGGAAUCAGAACAUAAAAUCGAAUAAUAAAAAUCUAGGACACGUUAGCACUUGCAAGCUUGUGAAUUUUUACUAGCUGGCAACAUCGUCCUUCCUUGUUUAGUAAUAAAAGAAUCUUGCAUUCGACUUGAAAUACUUCAAUUACCAAUAUAAUGAGCCUUAUACCUCAUGUCUCAAGCACUAGUGUCUUUCUCUGAUUCCUGCAUAGUUCAAACAUAUUUUUAUUGUUUAAAUGGAUGGACGAAAUUACGGCCCACUUGUUAAGUGCUUACCGGAACUCAUAGAUAUUCACUUCGAAAAUUC